GAGUUCUCCUUGGUUUACCACAACAGCGCCGUGAAUGACAGAAGAUUCAUGUAAUGAAAUGUAAUGUUUGUUUUUUUUAAAUCUCGUACAAUUUGUUUAAUGGUUUCUGUAUCUGAGCAAAAAGAGGAUAUUUUACUUUGAAAAAAAGAACAACAAUACUUUUGAUAAGGAAAUAGUUCAUCCAAAAAAAAAGGGGUAAUUAUGGAAUUUUUUGCAUUAUAAUAGUUCUUUCGUUGCCCGUGAGCAUGCAUUUUCAUUGACAUUGUCAUUGUCUUUCACUUUCUCUUUAUGUCCUAUUAAAAACUAUAACUUUGAUCCAAAACUAGACUAAAGUAAUAAAGUCAAAGUGCCAUAAUUAUAUCAUAUUAAUCAUAGCAUAUUAUAUACUAUUUAAGGGUAUACUCUAUUUAUUACACUAAGCAAUUUAGUUGAGCUAUUUAUUAGUUUCGAACAUUUCAGAAUUGUGAUCAGCACUCUUUAAAAUUAGUCUUAAGUCUUGCUCUUACUUAAUGCUCUUAAACUUAAAAGUCAAUGCUAGAAUUUAGAAUUUCUUUGAAUAUUCACUCCCUGGGAGGACAGAACUAGAACACUUACUAAGUAAUCCUUAGUAACUUAAUAGUAUAAAAUUUGAAUAGACACUAAGGCUAAGACCGUACUAUGUAGUUAGAAGAAUACUAAAAAAAAACCACCUAUUUUUAUUUUUUUUAUUUCCUAAUAGAUUUCUUAAGAUAAGGAUGGGUUCAUAUUGCUACAGACGUUAUGUGUCAAGACUCUUUCAAAAUUCUGGGAAAUUAAACCCAAAGGCCAAAUCUGAAAGACGUGAUCAUGAAUCAGGAUUCUCUUGCAAUAGUCAUAAAGUAAAUAUUUAUCUGUUUUUCAUUGAUUUAAAAUUGUCAAUUGCAUCUUGAAGGAUAUUUAAAUAAUAUUAAAUGAAUGUCUUUUAUUUUGAAGCUAAAGCUAAAGAACAUAAAACCUUCAUGAGUCCUUCAAAUCGCUGUGUAUUUGUGAAAUGUAUAGUCAUAGUGCUCUGCUAUAAGUAUAAGAAAUUAUUUAUGCUAUUAAAAAAUAUUAAGGAAUAAACCUCUAUUUUAUAAAAUAACUUAGACUUAGCAAUUUUUUGAUGCACAUAUAGAUUUAUAUUGUUCAUUUGUAGAGUGCAACCUAUUAAAAAAUUUAAGGAUGCACUGAUAAUGGUACCAAACUUUUUUUUCCUUUGAAUUUUCCAUUUCAGUUAAUGUUAUAUAAUGACAUUAUAGCACAGAGCCACCCAGGAGGAUUUCAUAUUUUACCUUUAGGUCUUCGAUCUCUAGAAAAGUUAACAAGGCUUGUGGAUGAAGAAAUGCAGGCAAUAGGUGGCCUAAAGAUAUCAAUGACCACCCUUGCUUCUGAUUCACUUUGGAAGCAAUCAGGUAAAUAGUAAAACCAGGAUACAUGGAACACUUAGGUAAGCAUUUCCUCCAUGCCAUUUAGCAUCAUGAGGUAAAGCAUUUCUUUCUAAUUUAUGAUUAGGGUUGUCAGCAGUUGCCCAGGUACAUGCCCUUGGCUAAUUGCCUUAGAAAUUCUCGAGUGCCCAUUUUAAAAAAUCUUUUUUUAAAAACCUAUAAAAUUUCUACUUAUGUGGUUUUCUAAAAAAUAAGAAAACAUGAAAUUACUAAUUCCCUAUGGUGGUGAAAUCUGACUGACACACCACUCUCCUUGUUUACUUAAAAUAGCAAAGAAAUUAUGCAUUCCCACGAGUUUUCCGUCAAUGGCUAAAUUUCAAUAUUGAAAACAGGAUAUAAUAUUUUUUUAUUAAAUCUUGCAAAUGUUGCAUUAUGUUCAAAUUAUAGUACAGGUUAUAUAUUUCAAAUAAACCCUAAAAAAAAUUAAUUAAUUUCAAAUGAGUAAAACUUAACAUUGUAAGAUACAAAACGGUUAAGUCUUUUUAAAAAAAAACCUAUUGUUCUCAGCAUUUUCAUGGCUCCCUGCAUGUCAUAAAAAAAUUCGGAUUCCCAGCUGUCUAGUAUGGGAGUUCACUAAUAAUUGUUGCAGACUGGCUAGUGUUUAAUGUGCAUGGUGUGCUUUUAAAAGAUUUAUUAGUUAAUAAACGCUUUACCGCAUUUUACUUGAUGACAUUAAUUAUGACCAAUUUGUGUAGUCUGUUUUGUGGCAUAUGAGUUUGUUUGUCAGCAGUUGUAGACAGAACUUUAUAGGGCAUGGUUGUGUUUUUCUCUCUUACAGCGAGCUGCUUUAUACAUGUGUUGAUUAAAUGUACAGUCUGUUGGAUAUAUUUAUAGAUUAAAGGUACAAUACAUUAGGGAAGGACUUCUGUUGAAUUUUGUGUAUAACGAUGUAUGAAUGUAUGAAGAAUCUGAUGAAUUAAACAAAUCAAAUAUAACUGGAGUUUGACAUUGACUCUGUGGAUCGACAUGUACCUGGGCUUGUGUUUUUAACAUUUUUGACAGCCCUAUUUAUGAUGUAAAUGUAAUUAGAUUUUUUUUGUUUUGAAGAGUUCUGUGUUCUAUGUACCCUGGUUGAGACCCUUUAAUUUGCAAUAGGGUUUAUUGAUUUUAAAAAUAAUAUGUUCAGACAUUGUCAGUACAUUGUUAGUGAGUGAAAAAAAAAUAAUACUAAAUAGCUACACAUUAAUCGUAUUAACUCUAUGCACCUUUCAUAAUUUCUAGUAGAAUCUAUAAGACUGCAAGGGAAAUGUUAAGGAUAUCUAUUUCGCAUCAGGCCAAUUUACAUAUAACAUGGUAUUAGUCUGUUAACUAUUAUUGAUAACUUCACCUUGAAAUUUUUUCCUUUUCAGAAAAAUGAUUGUUCAUUACUUACAAUCAUUCAAAGAAUUUUUUUCCUGACUUUGUAUAAAGACAUUAUUUAAAUAUUAAUUUUUGAAAUAAUUUUUUUUAAUUGAAUAAUUAAUUUCAGGUAGAUAUACAGAGGCUGGGGCUGAACUUUUUACACUAAAAGAUCGACAUAAGCAUGAAUAUUGUCUAGGGCCAGUAAGUAUUUUGUUAGCUUAUAUUUACAUUAGUCUAUGCCAGAGGUUGGCUCUUUUCAUUAUUAGACUUUAAAACGAUAGUCAUCUACAAAGUAUAUUUACCUUACAAUAAUUGCAGUGAUCUACUAAGUGUUUUACCUUGGCAAUGAUUGCAGUGAUCUACUGUUUACCUUUACAAUGAUUGCAGUGAUCUACAAAGUGUUUUAACCUUACAAUGAUUGGAGUGAUCUACUAAGUGUUUUAACCUUACAAGAUUGCGCGCUUUAUAAUGUCUGCCCUGCCUGUGGUUCCCAUAAUGUUUUCACAGGAGAUAUAAUUUAUAAAAUGGGUCUUACUUAAAAAAAAAGCUUGCCGACCUGUGGCCAAUGUCAGGCCUGCACAACUUAAAAUGUAAGGCGGGCCAUAAUACUUUAUGAAAAACUUCUGCAGGCCAAAAGAAAAUAGGACAGGGGGGAAAGCUAUUAAGAAGAUUAUAAUAUAAAGAAUAUUUCGUUACUUCGCGGGCUGUAAAAUGGGUGAUGGCUGGCCGCAUGCGGUCCCGGGCUGUUUUUUGUGCAGGCCUGGUCAAUGUAGAUAUAUUCAGAAUUUAUCUUGGGAUUUUUACGUUUGUAAUUUUGUAUAAAUAUUGUGCCACUGUAAGUAUUGAGAAGUAUUGACAAGAUUCAAUGAAGAAUCCACUUUUAAUACAUAAUUAGUGUUAGCCAUUGAAACACAUUGAAAGACUUAGAGGUUUAUUAUUGGAAUGGAUUUUAUUACUAAGAUAUGGUUGACUGACUUUGGCCAAUAUUUUGAUGUAGUGUAGAAGGUUCUAACUCGAUGAUAUAAAUAUAUAAUAAUAAACCAAUAAGGUCUUUUACAUUUAAUUCAUUUAUGUAUUUUUAGACUCAUGAAGAGCUGGUCACAAAAUUGUUGGCAUCUAUGCCAAUUAUCUCUUAUAAGGCACUCCCCAUCAAGUUUUACCAGGUAAGCUUAACAUUAUCAUUAAUAAUCUCUUACAAGGCACUCCCCAUCAGGUUUUACCAGGUAGACUUGACAUUAUCAUUGUUUCCAUAUUAACUAUUAUUAAUGCUAUUAUUAGAUAAAAUAAACAGUAAAAUAAAAAUUGAAUUUAAAAAGGACAUUUUAAUAAUUUCAGAUAAAAUCCUUUUGAUUUAUUUUGCUAAAUCUUAUUUCAUUCACAGAUUUCGCGAAAAUUUCGAGAUGAAAUGGCACCAAAAUAUGGCCUUUUGAGAGGUCGUGAGUUUGAAAUGAAAGGUAAAGGAUGACAAAUCAUAUUAAUUAGAAAGCAGGUGUAGUGCCUUACAAUAAGUUAGAAAGAAAGUUAAGUUAAAGUAAAGAAAUGCAUUCCAAAAAUACGCUAUUUUUACCGUAGUUGCCAUGAAACAAUAUAUUUCUGUUAAAAUACAGUUUUUAAAAGAAAAAUAUCUUCAAAGAAAGUUAAAUUUAGCCAUUUAUCUAUCUAGACAAGUACAUAUUUGAUAUUUUGUCUAUCUAGACAUGUACACAUUUGAUAGAAAUGAAGAAACAGCUUUGGUCACAUACAGCACAGUAUGUCAAGCAUACGACAGGAUUUUUGACCGUAUCGGAGUUAAAUACAUUAAAGGUGGGUAUUUUAAUUGAUUAUUUGAUUGUUUUCAAGUAUUUCAUAAUAAAAUUUGCCAUACCAUUAAUGACUAAGUUUAUGGCUAAUUAAACUUUUAGACUUUAUUUUUUCCUAAAUUGUUUUAGCCCAUCCUACAAUUCUAAGAAAGGAAACUCCAGAAACAUAGUGCCAGUACCCCAGACUAUUCCUAUGGCUACUAAAGAUUUCUGAUCAAAGCUCACUUUGAUGCACAUUUAAACUUCCUUUAAUAAAUAUUUUUAUGCAAAGAUUUUAAAACUUCAGCCAAUCUGCAAGUGCAUAAGAACAUGUUGAUGUUGAAAUUAAAAAAAGAAAAUAAUAAUCGUAUGACACCUUUGAAUAGAACUAUUGAGCACUUCUGCUGAGCUCAUUAUGGAAAAUGGUUACCAUCCAGUAACUUUUUUUUAUUCUUUGAAAAAUAUUUAUUGUUUUUUAUUAAAUAUACACCAACCCAUAAUUUAUUAUAGUAACCGUAACACUGUCCUAUAAUGUAUUAUAGUAAUGUUUCCCCCUUUUCACUCUCUUUGACCAUUUGACAUUUGUGGCAAUUUAAUCCUCCAAAAGUGGAGUGCCACUCUCUUUUUAAAUGCUUUAUAUUAACUUCGCUUUUGUUCGUGGCUGGCUGGCAAAAGCAGAUUAACCCACUUCCGGGGGGGGUCGGUGUCUCGGCAGAAAGUAUAAAUCAUGUUAUUCAAAAAUUCUACAAUAUUCAUCCUAAAACUCUGAAAGUCCAAAAAUAGCAUAUUUAUAUUGCGAAUGCUGUAAAUGCAUCACACAAUGUUUUGUAGGAAAUAUCAUCAUAAUUUAGCCAUUUAAAUUGACAAAUGAACCCAGUACAUAUGCUCAGUACUAAGUAGUAGAGGUACUACAGUAAUAUUUAGUCCACCUCAUGUCCUACGUGCAUGUGACAUAUAUUUUAUUGGAUACGCCAGUGGGUCUAAAAUUUUCAUUUUCCGGCACCUAUGCCUAAUUCAGGUUUUCACCAGGCUCUCUGUGUUAAAUUCAUACAAGUACACUUGGGAAAUAGUGAAUACAUAAAUAAAAUAAAUAAAGUUUGGGUGAAAAUAAAAACUGGGUGCAAAUACUGUAUGAGAUUAUGAGACGAUAUUGUAAGAUUUUUGGAGUUCGAGGGUAAACACUUAUUAAACAGGUCUGCAUUAGAGGCACUACCUAACAAAUAGUCGUCUGAUAUUAAGAUUAGAUAAAUAUUCAAUAUUUGAGAUUUACAUCUCAUCACCAUAUAACAGCAUUAAAUGAGAUUCUUUUUUUUUAAAUAUUGCAAGUGCAUUUGGUGCAUAAUAUUUUCUUUUGUUUCUCUGAAACAGUUGGUGCAAUAUACCUGGUGCGUAAAAGCUGGUGGGACAUAAGGAUAUUAAAAUAAAAUAAUUUUAAAAUUUAUAUAAAGGGGUUUAUAGGAAAAACUAAAAAACUUUAUUUUUAGGGUUUUUUUUAAUAAUCAACUGAUGGAGAUUGAAUGAAGAGCUCUGAUCUAAUUUACCUUUUAUUUGUAUACUUAAAAUUUGUACAAUGCACUUUAUUUUAACUUUGUAACUUGAUAUUUUUAAAUUUUAUUUGUGGAUUUAACCUAUUUUAAUAAUAAUUUAAUUGUUUUCUCUCAAAACCCAUGGUGUAAACUGCACUGUAAUCAUAUAUUGCUGUGACAUUUCAGCUCUUACGCUUUUAACUGUAAUCGUUAAUAUUCCUUUCCAGUUUCUGGUGCCACUGGUAUCAUAGGUGGCAACCUUUCUCACGAGUAUCACUACCUGGCUGAUAUUGGGCAAGACUCAAUCUUGCUGUGUGACAGGUAAUCAGGAUUCAUUUUGCUGUAACAUUUCAGCUCUUGCUCUUCAACAGAAAAGUAUUUAAGUUCAAACACUAUACAGCUUAUGUUCUUUUCCUUGAUUGAGUAUGAUGCUCUAUACUUUUCCUUGAUCCAUCAAUAUCAUAGAUUAAGUUUGAUGGUUUGUAAUUUUUGACAGAUGUGGUGUGAGAAUGAAUAAAGAGCUGGCUGUGGGUAAGUACCGCUAACUGUUCAUCCGGUGUCUGUGACUCACAGUGAUAAUAGUUCUAUAACUUGUUAAUUCAACUCUUACUUCCACUUCUUCUCAAUAAAAUGUCAAGUCUGCUUUUACGCACACUGUACUUUAUUCACAAGAAAAAAAAUAACUAUAUAAAUGAUAGAUAAUCCUUGGAAUGGUAAUGUAAAUGUAACAUGCUAUGCAGCUCAAAACUAUAUAAGAUCACUCCUUAUUCAUUCACUAUUAAUAUGUAUGUCCAAACUGAUCUAAAAUGUCUACUCCUAUCUCUCACUCUCUUUCUCACAUGAUUCAGCCAUUUUUCUUAUCUCAUCACUACUCUUUUGUAUAACAUGCUACCUCCCAUAUUCUCUUGUACAAAUUUUUUAGAUGAUUAGAUGUUCUGAAAACAGAGACAUUACAUUAACCAUGUGGACAAAAUGAAUUAUUUCAUAAUCUCUGAUCAAAACUCUCCAGAAAAUUUAAAAAAAAACACAUUUUAAGGGGAACUUCUUAUAGAACAAAAAAAUUCUUGAUAUAAAAUGUAACAAAUGUGUUCAUUUCAAUGAACUUGCAAUUUUUAAAAUCAAUUUAAAGGCAAAUUUCUAUGUUUAUAAAAGAGUUUUUACUUGUAUAAUUGUGUAACAGUAUAAAAUCUCAUAAGAGUUUUUACUUGUAUAAUUGUGUAACAGUAUAAAAUCUCAUAAGAGUUUUUACUUGUAUAACUGUAUAACAGUACCAAAUGUCAUAUUAAAAUCUGCUCUUUCAAUUUGAACUCAUGUUUUUAAUCCUGUAACUUUAAUUCUUCAAUUUUGCACUUUACAAUCAAAACAUUAAUGUAUGGCUGACUACGUCUAACACAGACUAUGUCUAGCACUGACUACGUCUGGCACUGACUACGUCUAAUGUGCGGUCAUCUGCUUUGAGUAAAUAAAAGUUGUUUACAUUUAAGUUAAAACAGUCGAAACUAGCCUUUUCACUUAUGCUGGACAACAUCUCGUGUCCACAGAAGACGGAAGCCUUCCUAAAACAUGCCAGUUACCUGCCACAAAAUGUGAGUUGCAAGAGAAAAAAGGCAUUGAAGUAAGUUUAGGUUUCAAGUAUUAAUUCUACACAUUCAGUACUACAAUUUGAUUGCUUUUACAAUUGAUUUGGUUUUUAUAAAGUGUGAAAACUUACUUAAAACAUCCAUUAUGUGUUUCAGGUUGGUCACACAUUUUAUCUGGGUACUAAAUAUUCAUCUAUCUUUAAAGCUACCUACAAAGACCAGGAUGGCAUUUCUGCAAUGUAAGUUGCUCUAUUGUGUGAUUCAAUUUUAGUUUUGUAUAGUAAAUAUUGCUCUACAAGCUUAGAGAUAACAAGUGCACCAGGUUUUAUAAUGCUACACAUUUAGGUUUGUUUUUCAAUUAAAUUAAAAUGUAUUUUAGAUUUAUAUGUUUUGUUUCAGAGACUACAAUAUGGGAUGCUUUGGUUUGGGUAUGACACGCAUACUACAAGCAUCCUUAGAAACACUGUCAACAGAGAACAGCCUUCGCUGGCCAAAACUCAUAGCUCCACAUCAAAUCUACAUUAUUCCUAAAAAGGUAAACACUAAAUUGUAAAGAAGCUUAUCUUGUUGCAACAGUCGCUAGAAAGAUGAAGCCCUGACUGAGUAAUAGCACUCCGCAAACUGGUGAUUUGAAUCUGUCAUGGAAAGAUGUACAACUGAGCUAUAGCACACCCAACUGGUGAUUUCAAUCUGUCAUGGAAAGAUGUACAACUGAGCUAUAGCACACCCAACUGGUGAUUUGAAUCUGUCAUGGAAAGAUGUACAACUGAGCUAUAGCACACCCAACUGGUAAUAUGAAUCUGUCAUAGAAAGAUGUACAACUGAGGUAUAGCACACCCAACUGGUGAUUUGAAUCUGUCAUAGAAAGAUGUACAACUGAGCUAUAACACAUUCAACUGGUGAUUUGAAUCUGUCAUGGAAAGAUGUACAACUGAGGUAUAGCACACCCAAUUGGUGAUUUGAAUCUGUCAUGGAAAGAUGCACAACUGAGCUAUAGCACACCCAACUGGUGAUUUGAAUCUGUCAUAGAAAGAUGUACAACUGAGCUAUAACCCAUUCAACUGGUGAUUUGAAUCUGUCAUGGAAAGAUGUACAACUGAGGUAUAGCACACCCAACUGGUGAUUUGAAUCUGUCAUGGAAAGAUGUACAACUGAGCUAUAGCACACCCAACUGGGGAUUUGAAUCUGACAUGGAAAGAUGUACAACUGAGCUAUAGUACACCCAACUGGUGAUUUGAAUCUGUCAUGGAAAGAUGUACAACUGAGCUAUAGCACACCCAACUGGGGAUUUGAAUCUGACAUGGAAAGAUGUACAACUGAGCUAUAGCACACCCAACUGGUGAUUUGAAUCUGUCAUGGAAAGAUGUACAACUGAGCUAUAGCACACCCAACUGGGGAUUUGAAUCUGACAUGGAAAGAUGUACAACUGAGCUAUAGCACACCCAACUGGUGAUUUGAAUCUGUCAUAGAAAGAUGUACAACUGAGCUAUAACACAUUCAACUGGUGAUUUGAAUCUGUCAUGGAAAGAUGUACAACUGAGGUAUAGCACACCCAACUGGUGAUUUGAAUCUGUCAUGGAAAGAUGCACAACUGAGCUAUAACACACCCAACUGGUGAUUUGAAUCUGUCAUGGAAAGAUGUACAACUGAGCUAUAGCACACCCAACUGGGGAUUUGAAUCUGUCAUGGAAAGAUGUACAACUGAGCUAUAGCACACCCAACUGGUGAUUUGAACGUGUCAUGGAAAGAUGUAAAAUUGAGCAAUAGCACACCCAACCGGUGAUUUAAUUCUGUCAUUUAAUUUAUUUUGAAAAAUAUGACAAAAUUGGAUUCAUAAAUGAAAAUGUACCACCCAGCUGGAGUAAAAUUUUGAAUUUGAUUUUUUAUUGAUUGGAACCUAGAACUUCUACCUCAGUUUGUUAAUUAAUUAUUUAUGACUGAAGAUUUAAAAAUCAACUUUAUUCUGUGGUGAAUAUGCACAAUGAAAUGAUAUAUAAAAAAUUAGUUACUUUAUAUUACUUCUGUUUGUGAAUGAUUCCUUCCUAUUUAACAGAUUGAAUCUAUGUACCAAAAAAAAAAAGGCUCUUUAGUGUAAAAAAUUACUAUUUAAAUGCCAGGAUGGACCAAGAGGGGAUGAAUACCUGGCCAAUGCAGAAGCCCUUAGUGAUGCCUUGACACAACGGCCACAUCUGAGGGGUGAGGUAGUCAUUGAUGACAGAAUGUCCUUGACCAUAGGCAGGAGAAAUGUUGAUGGUGAUCGACUUGGAUACCCUUAUAUUGUUAUACUAGGAGUCAAGGUAAGAAGUUAUCAAAGCAAUUUUACAGUACUUUUUUAAUCUUAACCUAUUUUAACUUAUUUUAAUCUUAACCUAUUCCAUUCACUCAGGGUAGAUAAUUCACCUCACUGAAACCAAGUUAUAACUUUUUUAAAGAAAAAGUUUACAAAUACCAGUAGUUAUAAAUUUUGGAGCCAGUUUUCCAAUACAGUUUGUCACACAAAGUCUAACUUUAUUUCCUGCCUUUUUCUUUUGCUUAUCUCUUGGUGCCAAAAUUUAAAAAAGUUCUUUUAAUAAAUACAUGAACCAUUUUUAAUUUAUGUAAACAUCCAAACAUUUUUUAUAUUAUAUUUAAAGAACUAAUUGAACUCAAAUUUAAACCAAAUGGAAAUUUUUUAUUUUUUUUAAAUGUGAGACUUUAAGGUUUGCUGACUAUGACCAACUCUAACCUUUGACCUUUAAUGUGUUACAGGCCCUAGAAAGCCCUGCUCAGUUUGAAGUCAUUGAUGUCAACAGGGGGGAGACAACCUUCAUGAGCACGGACCAGCUGAUGACAUUUGCUGACAGUAUAGAGACAAUAUAACAUUGCAUUGCUAGACUAGAGCUGAAUGUGCUGAGAAUGCCUUCAUUGACAUGGAUGACAGUAUGUGUUGAGACAAUCUAACAUGGCAUUAUAGAGCUGAAUGUUGUGAGAAUGUUUGGGAAGCAAGUUAAACGGUUUAUUUAUGUACUGAGUAGAUCCAUGUCACUGACGGCUCAGAUAUGACAGAUCCAAAUGUUGAGUGAUUGAAUUUCUGACAACUUAUCUUCUUGUUAGUGUUUUUAAACAACUAUUUCAUUGAAAACUAACUGUUGAUAGCUAACUGUUGAUAACUAACUGUUGAUUGCUAACUGUUGAUAACUAACUGCCUGUAACUAAUUGUGCAGUCAAAAAUAUGUUCUUUUGCUCUUGACACCUGAAAUCUGUUCAAAUCUACUGUCUCCUUUCAUUGAAUUAAGAUGACCGAAAUUCCAGGACCUCUCUGUAACUUUUAUAAAGUUAAACAUGUAUGACUCAUUGGGACCAGUUCCUGAUAAUAAAAUAAAUAGCAAAAUAUUUUAAGUAGAAUCACAUAUGUUUUAAAAUAGUACAAAAUUUGUAUUUGUUUUAAUUAUGCCUAUAAUUUUUGCCUGUUAAAACAAUGGACUCAGAAUAUAUUAAUCAAAGUAUUUGGUUGCAAGAACUACAGCACAUCAGAUGUUUAAUUCCAUAGAUAAGAGCUUUGCAAGGGGUAUGUCAUAGGUAAGAGCAACUGGUGAGGUUUGCAAGGGGUAUGUCAUAGGUAAGAGCAACUGGUGAGGUUUGCAAGGGGUGUGUCAUAGAUAAGAGCAACUGGUGAGGUUUGCAAAAGGUGUGUCAUAGAUAAGAGCAACUGGUGCAGUUUGCGAAAGGUGUGUCAUAGAAAAGAGCAACUUGUGCAGUUUGCAAGGGGUAUGUCAUAGAUAAGAGCAAUUGGUGCAGUUUGCAAGAGGUGUGUCAUAGAAAAGAGCAACUUGUGCAGUUUGCAAGGGGUGUGUCAUAGAUAAGAGCAAUUGGUGCAGUUUGCAAGAGGUUUGUAGAUCUGUAAAUCAAUGUUAAAUGUAUUUUAAAUGAAAUAAAAUUUAUU